AUGACUACUUCAGGGUUCGGUAGCAGGGGUAACACCAUGGUUUGUGCUUCAAACUAGGUUUUCCCAGUAGGCUGGAAUCAACAGCGAGGAAGAAGAGGAUGUCUACCCCAACUGCAGUGUUGACUUGGAGACAAAUAGAGGCCCAGAGCAAGAGUGACAGUGGGACAGCUGCCCAGACUUCCCUGGACAUUGAGAAGAAUGAGAAGUGUUAUCUCUGUAAAUCCUUGGUCCCAUUCAAAGAGUACCAGUGUCAUGUAGAGUCCUGUCUCCAGCUUGCAAGGGAUGACCAAGGAGCUGGGCCUGCGGAGAGCGGGAGAGUCUACUCAGCUGUGCAGGGGAAGCAGCGGCAGUGGCUGAGGAAACCAAAGGAGAAAGGCCGCAAUGAAGGCCGACUCCUCAGUCUCUUGGAACAAUCUGAGCACAGGACUGCAGAUGCAGAGAUGAAGAACAAGUCUUCAGAAACAGUGGCCUUCAGGGUACCCUCACCGGGGAUGGAAGAAGCAGGCUGCAGCAGAGACAUGCAGAGUUCCCUUGCACAUCUUGACUUAAAUGAGUCUCCCAUCAAGUCUUUUGUUUCCAUUUCAGAAGCCACAGAUUGCUUAGUGGACUUUAAAAAGCAGUUUACUGUCCGGCCAGGUAGCCGGACACGGUCCAAAGCAGGCCGAGGAAGGAGGAGAAAAUCCUGAAUUUCUAGGGUCCGAAGGUUGACAAAACCAUUAGCAGUAGGGAUGGACCAUGGUCAUUAAGCUUUAGUGGCCCCCAGUUCAUUGUUGAGCAAGUUUUGAUACUACAGUUUCCACCACUCAGCAUUCUGGUUUUUGUGUUUUCUAUGAUCUAUACAAACAACUGUGUAUAGUAUUCUGUUUUAUAACAGCUUGUUUGAAUUCAUUAUAGUUAAAAGAAAAUUUAAAUAUAUUUAUCUAUGUAUGAAAUCUUAUUUCAGUGAGAUGGAGGUCUUCCUUUUUUCCCUCUGUGUUACAGGGUUUUGGGUGGGGAUAUUUUAAUUGUGGGGCCAGUUCUCGGACUCAUAAUUACAUGUUUCUGAAUGAAUUUUUUUACUGGUCUUUGA